ACCUGCACUUCACCUGAACACAUCACCCCAGAGACCAGAACACACACACACACCGCAGCUAUCAUCAUGGCCGAGAAGUUUGUUGGAACCUGGAAGUUGGUGGAGAGUGAGAACUUUGAUGAGUACCUCAAGGCACUGGGUGUGGGCUUUGCUAAGCGCCAGAUCGCGUCCCAGGCCAAACCGAGCGUGACCGUCUCCGUGGAUACUGAUGGAACCAUCACUCUGAAUACGGCAAGAAAAGAUGUCAAGUUCAAACUGAACGAAGAGUUCGAAGAGACCACCGGGGAUGACAGAAAGACUAGAAAUGUGGUGAAACUGGAGAACGGUGUGAUGGUCCAGAGGCAGACAUGGGACGGCAAGGAGACGACCAUCGAGAGGGAGGUGGUGAGCGACAACAAGUUUGUCACGACGAUGAAGAUCGGAAAUGUGGUGGCGAAGAGAACGUUCGAGAAGGAAGCGUGAGUGAGUCUGUGCAGCUGCAGGCCCUCAAGACCUUUAAUUUAUUGCUAUUUUCCGCUGGAUCACUCAGAACUACGACAUCUCUCCCUCUCUCGCUCUGUCAGUGUGUGUUGUGUUAUUGUUCUGUGUAUGAAUGGAGGAUCAGAGUAAAAACUAAA